AUGCAUCCUCAACCCCUGCCUCAACCGAUGGGACAGUCGCCUUCUACCUCGGGAGCAAUUUUGAAUACUGCUCCCAAGUCGACGAAGACGACCCACAAACGUGUUUUAGAUAUGAGCCUUCCAGGACCCGAUCAUGGGAAUCCAGAUCAUGCUCAUAUGUUAGCUAACAAGUGGAUGAACGCAACAAAACUGGCUGAGAUGGUUAAAACACAAGGCGAAGGCCUUGUUUACAAGAAGGGAAAGUUUUCUGCCAUUGAAGAAGAACAACUCCGGGCUGCUAUCGAAGCUUUCAAAUCGACUCGGAGUCUUACUGAUGAUCAACUCCUUGACAUCAUUUUCCAAAAGAAUGAGAAAGGGAAAGACAACGCGUUCUGGUCGGACAUUACCUCCGCUCUCGCUCUACGCCCUAUCAUUGCUGUUUAUCACCACGUUCGUAGAGCUUUUCAUCCCAAGAAGCAGCAAGGCAAAUGGAUGCCCGAAGAAGAUGCUGUUCUAAAACAAGCCGUUGCGGACCUUGGUCAACAAUGGGAAAAAGUCAGUGAGAUAGUAGGUCGAAUGUCCUCAGAUUGUCGAGACCGCUAUCGCAAUCACAUCGCCAAUCGCGAAGUUCGAGUGACGGGCGUGUGGACUAAGGAAGAAGAGGAGGAGCUGACGUCGAUUGUCACCGAGAUGACAAUACAACAGGGCAAGGACUUUGAUAAUGAUGUCUUUUGGGGCAUAGUGAGUGAUAAGAUGGGGAAUAGGCGCGGUAGACAACAGUGUCGAAUUAAAUGGACGGAUUCGUUGAGUAAAACCGUCAAAAAUGAAGGGCAAAAGCCACGUUGGAGCGCUCAAGAUGCCUAUAUCUUGGUCCAUAAGGUCGACUCCAUGAACGUUAGGGAUGACACUGAGAUCGACUGGAAAACACUGCCUGAUUCAGAUUGGAAUUUAUGGAGUGCUCAUUCGCUCCAACGACGCUGGUUGACGAUGAAGAGAGGAAUUAAGGGGUACGAAGAUAUGACCCAUCAAGAAAUCAUGGAUAUUCUCCGAAUCAAGAAAGCUCACCUUCCUCCGGCUUCAGUGGCACGUAAACGAAAAGUCAUUAGCGCGGCAAACAUCGAUGAGCCAGCGGACCCAGAGCCUGGAGACGCGGGGCCAAGUGGUACACAAGAAGGUGCAUCUGAUGGCCAGGACAGAGAUGCUGAUGGGUCAACCGACGAUUCGGAUGCUUAA